CACACACACACACAGCCCUCUAGCGAGAUAUCGCUCCGCUUCGUACUUUUACCUGCUCAUUCAUACGGAUACACAGCGCUUCACUUGUUCCGGCUUUCCUGCGUCCGAGAAAACAAUUCAUAAGCGAGGAAAAAUAUAUUAUUAUAGCGUCAAGCUAUCCUACGAACUACACCAUCCUCACGUUUUAUUGAGUAUCACAGGUAAAUUCGAGAGGAAGAAAUCUUGAUAUUUCGAAGGAUGGAUUCGACUGGCCACUUCUUGCUUUCUCUCGUCACUGCUGCGACGGUUCUACAAGUUUGUAGCACAGUAACUGUGAUAGGCUUGUACGGAGCGACGAUCGAAGUGCCAUGCAAUAAUGGAGCUGCCAAGCCAGAGGAUCUUAUCUUCACUAAAUGGAAAUAUGAGAUGGACGACCACACUUCCGGAGACCUCCUGGUCAAGCAGGCGCACAAGGAGGAGGCCCAGAUCAAGGCCAUGGAUGGCUACAAGGACCGAGUGAGCAUCGCGGCCAACUCCAGCCUCAUGAUCCAGGGGGGUUCCCUGGUGGACCAGAGGACCUUCACCUGCAUGGUUGUGUACGGCUCCAACCUGGACGAGCACCCCGUCGACGUCUUGGUCCACAAGAAGCCGUUGCCACCGCAGAUAAAAGACAAAGCCAAAGAGCUGGAGAACGGCAAACUGACAUCGCUAGGCGUGUGUAUGGCCGCAGAUGCAAACCCCGCCGCCGAAAUCGUGUGGUCCAAAAAUGGCAAGCUGCUGGUGGCUGAUGGAAAGACCAUCAUCAUUACGCCCAGUGUGAAGGUGGAUCCGUCGACGGGCCUGUCCACUACCACGUCCGGUCUGCAGUACACAGCGGUGAAAAGCGACAUGGAAGCCAAAUUCACCUGCACCGCCAAACACAGCCUGGAAACACAGAUGUCCGCUCCCGAGACCUUCACCAUUCACUAUCCAACAGAGAAGUUGAGCCUCCAGGUGCUGGCGAAGGCUCCCAUCAGAGAGGGCGACAACGUGACGUUGAAGUGCAAGGCGGACGGCAACCCUCCUCCAACCAGCUUCAACUUCAGCAUCAAGGGCCAGAAAGUGACGGUGAAAGACUCCGACACCUUCACUCUGACUGCCGUUACGCGUGACAACACCGGAGACUACAAGUGCUCACUGGUCGACGACGGCAAAAUGGAGGCCUCGGAAAAGAUUCUUGUGAGCUACUUGGAUCUCAGUCUCAACCCAACAGGAAAGGUCGUUAAGAUGGUCAGGGAAACCUUGGUGGUGAAAAUGGAGCAGAACGCCUCCGGUGACGCUAAAGUGUCAUGGACCAAGGACAACAGAAAGCUGGACAAAGAGCCUAGGUUUGAACAUGUGUCGUACGCUGAUGCAGGGUUCUACGUUUGUGAGGUGUCCGUUGCAGGCAUCAAGCGCAACCAGUCCUUCCAGCUGGUAGUAGAAGGCACACCAGUCAUCAAGAAGAUGACUAAGCAGCACAGCGAGGAUGGCAGACACAAGGUUCUGACCUGCGAGGCAGAGGGCGUGCCCCGGCCCAGUGUCCAGUGGAGCGUCAACGGCACAAAUGAGGAGAGUUCCUAUAUCAAUGGCAAGGCAACUCACAAGAUCACGGUGGUGCCCACGGGAAACCUGACCAUCACCUGCAUCGCGACCAACAAGCUGGGAGAUGACUUCAUGGCCAUCAACGUCUCCUCCUUAAUUAAGGAGGAAAGAAUGCCAGGAAAAGGGGCACAGGAUGAUAGUUCGGACCAGGCUCAACUGAUUGUGUUCAUUGUUGUUGGGCUCCUCGUAACCGCCGCUGUUGUGGGGCUGGCCUAUUGGCUCUACAUUAAGAAAUCAAGACAAGGGACCUGGAAAACAGGAGAGAAGGAAGCCGGAACGUCCGAAGAGAGCAAGAAACUGGAGGAGUACAACGCUAAGGUGUAGAGACAGCCUGGCUGUACUCGAGGGACGAAGAAGGAAAUAAGUAGUUGAGAGAGGCCUUGACCUAUUGGAUGACACCGAAACGAAGACAUUUGAUUGGCUUCCAAAUGAGCAGCAUGUAUUGCAGAAUACUUUCUAAUUCAGAUUAACAGUCCCACCCACCGACCCACAGUCUCCGAGGGAAAAAAGCAAAACAUUUUGUGUUGUGCAUUGAUUUUCAGUCUGCUUCUCAUUGUCUUUUUGUGUUCCUGGUGAAUGCUCAAUUGUCUGGCGCGCAGUGAUGGUGUGGUGGGCCUUCUCUUUUUUUCCAAUUUUCAUUUAGUAAAAUAAUGUAAAAUUCACUGUACACUUUUUAGGGGAGCUAGCUGCUCAACACUGGACUACUGGUUGUGAGCGAGAGAAGAGACUUCACUGCUGUUACCCCUCUGUUCCUCGAGGUUACAUUUCAAAUCUUUGCAUUUGAUUCUUUUGAAGCUGUACCUUUUUUUGUUACUCCCGUAAAUGUUCUUUGUUAUCCCUCUGGGGGAAAUUGGCAAAUUGAAAUGUUCGGAAAUGUUGUAUUUUCCAUUUGGUGUGGCUGCCAAUUGCAAGUCUCACCAAUGAAAUUAAUAGGGGUUACACUUUCUGUUGUGCUGGACGAUCAGGAAUUGUCUGAAUCACAAAUACGAGUUUUAUUUUAGUGCAACUUGUCUUAGCGUAAGGCAUUGAGUCUCACUUACUAGCUACAAACUAAAUAAGAUGAGGAAAAUGCCUCAUCUCAAUUUAUAAGAUACAGAAUAACAUUAUAAUUAUUAUUUAUAUAUAUAUAGUACCAGUCAAAAGUUUGGACACACCUACUCAUUCAA